AUGCAUCCCACGCGCCCUCUCCAACUCCUGAUGGUCGCCUCUGUUGCGCAGGCUUCAUGGUUCAACUUUCACAAGGAGGAGCCUCGCGAUGGCCUCAUUAAGAGGCAAUCAGGAACCUCGGCCGCUGCCGAGACCACUACCUCAGCAGCAGCCGUAACUACAACCACUUCCGCAGCCGCCGUCACCACGACGACAACAGCUGCUCCCGCGACGACUCCUACUCCUACUACCGCCAGAACCACAACCACUCCCGCCGCCGCCACUCCCAGCGCUUCCACACCCGCUGCCUCGUCUACCACACCCGUCGCGACUGGCGAGUCCACGACUCUGAGGACCAGCACCACAUCCGCCGCCGGCAACCAGGACACCACCUCUGGCGAGGCUUCUUCCACCCCCUCUACCACCGCACAACCCGUUACCUCCACAGUCAAGACUGUUAUCGUGACGACCAACUCCGAGGGUGUCGCUACGUCAUUCACAUCCGAGUCGACCGUCACGAGCACUCCCGGUCUUAACCAGUCCGACUCUGGCGAUUCUUCCUCUGGCAUGUCCACACAAACUCGCAACACCGUCAUUGGUGUGGUCGUCGGUGUCGGCGGUGCCAUCGUUCUCGGUGCCCUCGGCUUCGUGGCGUGGAGAAUCUGGGGCAAGAAGAAGCAGGCGGAGGAGAACGACGGUCUGAUGGAGUACAACAACCAGUACGGCAACGAGGCCAAGGUCGAGGGCGGCGCUGGCGGUUCCGCAGGCACUGGCCGCACUCCCUUCCAGUCCACCCUCGAGAGCUACCACGCACCGAGCCAAGUCAACGCUUCCUCCAACUUCUAA